GUCACGUGGCCGGCGGGGCCGGCAGGUAACUCGCCUGGAGAGGGCGUGGGCCGGUAGCCGCCCCGCCCCGCGGGGCGCCACGGGCGGGUCUCGGCAGCGCCCACUGAGCCAGCCGGGCCGCAGGUGCCGCCCCCGAUACACGGUGUCCCGCCCAAGCUGAUCCGCGUCUGCGGUCGGUCGGUGCGUGCGUGCGCCUCGUCGGUCCGCGUGUGUCUGGCCGAGAGCCCCCUUCCUCUGCGGCCAUGACUCCGCCGCCGCCGCCGCCCCCUCCCCCGGGCCCUGACCCCGCGGCCGACCCCGCCGCGGACCCCUGCCCCUGGCCCGGAUCACUGGUCGUCCUCUUCGGGGCUACGGCGGGUGCGCUGGGACGGGACCUGGGCUCGGACGAGACCGACUUAAUCCUCCUAGUUUGGCAAGUGGUUGAGCCGCGGAGCCGCCAGGUGGGGACGCUGCACAAAUCGCUGGUUCGUGCCGAGGCGGCCGCACUGAGUACGCAGUGCCGCGAGGCGAGCGGCCUGAGCGCCGACAGCCUGGCGCGGGCAGAGCCGCUGGACAAGGUGCUGCAGCAGUUCUCACAGCUGGUGAACGGGGAUGUGGCUUUGCUGGGCGGGGGCCCCUACAUGCUCUGCACUGAUGGGCAGCAGCUAUUGCGACAGGUCCUGCACCCCGAGGCCUCCAGGAAGAACCUGGUGCUCCCCGACAUGUUCUUCUCCUUCUAUGACCUCCGAAGAGAAUUCCAUAUGCAGCAUCCAAGCACCUGCCCUGCCAGGGACCUCACUGUGGCCACCAUGGCACAGGAUUUAGGACUGGAGACAGAUGCCACAGAGGAUGACUUUGGGGUCUGGGAAGUCAAGACAAUGGUAGCUGUUAUCCUCCAUCUACUCAAAGAGCCCAGCAGUCAAUUGUUUUCGAAGCCCGAGGUGAUAAAGCAGAAAUACGAGACGGGGCCUUGCAGCAAGGCUGAUGUGGUGGACAGUGAGACUGUGGUACGGGCUCGUGGGUUGCCGUGGCAGUCAUCAGACCAGGACGUGGCUCGCUUCUUCAAAGGGCUCAACGUGGCCAGGGGUGGUGUAGCACUCUGCCUCAACGCCCAGGGCCGCAGAAAUGGCGAGGCCCUCAUCCGCUUUGUGGACAGCGAGCAGCGGGACCUAGCGCUGCAGAGACACAAGCACCACAUGGGCGUCCGCUAUAUUGAGGUGUAUAAAGCAACAGGGGAGGAGUUUGUAAAGAUUGCAGGGGGCACAUCACUAGAGGUGGCUCGUUUCUUGUCACGGGAAGACCAAGUGAUCCUGCGGCUGCGGGGACUGCCCUUCUCGGCUGGGCCAACGGACGUGCUUGGCUUCCUGGGGCCAGAGUGCCCAGUGACUGGGGGUGCCGAGGGGCUGCUCUUUGUGCGCCAUCCUGAUGGCCGGCCGACUGGUGAUGCCUUCGCCCUCUUUGCUUGUGAGGAGCUGGCACAGGCUGCACUGCGCAGGCACAAGGGCAUGCUGGGUAAGCGAUACAUUGAACUCUUCCGGAGCACUGCAGCAGAAGUGCAGCAGGUCUUGAACCGCUAUGCAUCCGGCCCACUCCUUCCUACACUGACUGCCCCACUGCUGCCCAUCCCCUUCCCACUGGCACCUGGGACUGGGAGGGACUGUGUACGCCUCCGAGGCCUGCCCUACACGGCCACCAUUGAAGACAUCCUGAGCUUUCUGGGGGAGGCAGCAGCUGACAUUCGGCCCCACGGUGUACACAUGGUGCUCAACCAGCAGGGCCGGCCAUCGGGCGAUGCCUUCAUUCAGAUGACAUCAGCAGAGCGAGCCCUAGCUGCUGCUCAGCGUUGCCAUAAGAAGGUGAUGAAGGAGCGCUACGUGGAGGUGGUCCCCUGUUCCACAGAGGAGAUGAGCCGUGUGCUGAUGGGGGGCACCUUGGGCCGCAGUGGCAUGUCCCCUCCACCCUGCAAGCUGCCCUGCCUCUCACCACCUACCUACACCACCUUCCAAGCCACCCCAACGCUCAUUCCCACGGAGACGGCAGCUCUAUACCCCUCUUCAGCACUGCUCCCAGCUGCCAGGGUGCCUGCUGCCCCCACCCCUGUUGCCUACUAUCCAGGGCCAGCCACUCAACUCUACCUGAACUACACAGCCUACUACCCAAGCUACCCGCUGAUGACUACACCAGUCUGAUGCCUGUUGGUGACCCACCUCGCACUGUGUUACAAGCCCCCAAGGAAUGGGUGUGUUUGUAGGAGAGAAAGCCAGGAGGUAAGAGCCAGCUGAUAUCCUCGGCGAACAUGUCUCUCCUGAGUCCAGAAGACCAGCACCCUCAACCUGGUAGCUUCUUUCUGGCUUGUCAAAGCUCUCAGAAGGUACCUAGAGGAGCCCAAGCCCCAGCUCCAUCCUCCACUUAUUCUGCCUGUUUCCCCCAAAGACAAUGGCUGGACCCUGCAUGCAGGGCUGGGGGUGGAAUGGGGCUAACCAGCUCCUGAUGGCCUGAGCCAGGCAUCUUGACUGGCACCUGAAGAGCCCUUAAGUCUGUCCUGGCUGUGGCCCAUGCCGACAGAUAUCGUGGGGCUGACAGGUCCACGGCAGGCUUGCUUUCUUUUAUAAAAUGAAAGCUCUGGUACCUUCAAUGUAUGACUCCUGGGAGAAUCAAGGGUCCAUCUGAGCCUCUGAGUAAAGAUCCCAAUGUUCUACCUCUCCCUGUCCCUCUUGUAGGGGAUAGGGAGGCAGAGAGAGCCAGCCCCUACUCUCAGAGUAUCUGGACCUCAGAGACCAUGUUGUGCCAGGGGUGGUCCCACCUAAAGAUGCUAGCCCCUCUCCAGGUGGGCAUAAGGAGUAACAGAUGGCAAAACCACAAACUAUUUUGAUGGACUGUGCUGCAGUAUCACCAGAAGACAUUAGGGGGCAGUAGGCCCCCACACAAAACCUUCAGGCUUGAAUUUUAAAGGGGAGGACUUUCUGCCAACUUUUCUUGUAUGCCUUGGGAAAGCCAGUUGCCCUGAACCCAGCAGACACCAUGGAAUGUCCUUUGCACGCAUUAAAUGGUACAGAACUGAAGCCUCGGAAGCAAUUUGGAACUCGAUCUUCUCUUCCUUAAAUGAAAAGUUAUUGACCAAAUGGACUUUUUAAAAGACACAGGACCCUUAACUUUGCCCCAAAGUGAGGGGCUCCACACCAACCCCAGGCGGAGGAACACUCAGACAGAUUAAGGAUACUGUUGACCUGUCACUGUUUAUUAUUUCAGCACUAAAACUGAGGAGCCUCAACUGCUGGCUCUUCUUCCCUUUGUAUUUGUGUAAGGAGCACUGCACUCCCAUAAAAGGUUUUAAAAUACAAAAUGUACAAGAACACACAAUUCCAAGUGCUGUAAACAUAACUGAGAACCAGUUCCUUUACUAAACAUCCAUUUUAUAAAAUACAAGGUUUCAAUUUGAGCCCA